AUGGUUCUAUCACAACAAGGUGUUCCGAUGAAGCUAAUGGUGAGGCCAGAGAAUUUGCUAAAUGAAGACCCAGAGAAUUUGCUAAAUGAAGGCAUGAGAAAAUUACCUUAUUAUUCUCCCAUCAAAUUGAAUAGGCAUUGCAGAAACCGAUUUUCGAGAGAUUUAGCAAGAGUUGUUUCUAAUCCUCACGAGCUUGGUUCUUUCCCGUUUGCAGUGUACCAAGAGAUGCAUUUAAUACUUUGGAAAGUACUUGAAAUGCUGGUGCCACCCCUCAAACGCAUUCGUCACAGAAAAUUUAUGCAUCAUCAAGCACUUGAAUUAGUAAAAUGCGUGUGCUCGGAAAUUAAAAGUUUGGAUAAUACCAAAGCUAACUCGAUACUUACAGGGCCCUUCCUCUUAGGGGCUCAGAAUGGAAUAAACGAGAUUGUCAAAGAAAUUUUAGAGUCCUUUCCUCAUGCAAUAACAUUUUUAGAUGAAGAGAACCAUUCAGUAUUUCAUCUUGCUGUAAUGUACCGUCAUGAAAAGAUUUUCAAGAUUGUGCAUCAGCAGAGUGGACAGUACAAGAUGUCCCUAUCACUGCUACUGGAUAACAGAAGGAACAAUAUAUUGCAUUUAGUGGGAUAUAAAGCCUGUCAUGACCGACUUGAUCUUAAUCCUGGAGCUGUUCUUCAAAUGCAGCGUGAACUGCAAUGGUAUAGGGAGGUGGAGAAAUUUGUACUGCCUCAAGAAAGGAAGUCAAAGAAUUCCGAUGGGAAGACACCACUAACGAUCUUCAAUGAAGAGCACCGUGAAAUGGCUGCAUAUGAGACGCAAUGGAUCAUAAGCAUGGCAACUUCAUGCACAGUUGCAGCAUCACUAAUUGCGACAGUGGCAUUUGCUGCUGCAAUCACAGUACCUGGAGGGAACCAUACCGAUGGAGGGAAACCUACCGAUGGCCUCCCCAUUUUCUCCAAUCGGAAUUCCUUCAUAGCCUUUGCAGUUGGAGAUUCUCUUGCACUGCUCUCGUCAAUUACUACGGUUAUAUCUUUCUUAUCCAUUUUCACCACCCGCUAUGCAGUAAAUGAUUUUCUAUACUCUUUGCCCAACAGAUUGAUUAUUGGCCUAAUAUCCUUGUUCCUCUCUGUAGCAUUUCUAAUGAUUGCCUUCAGUUCUACAAUAUAUCUU